ACUUUAAGCCGGUGCGGAAGUAAAAGCAGAAUUGACGCAACAGUCGGUAGAAGGUCAGCGACUUUAUCAGGUGAAUUUCAACACUGCUCUUAGCAAACCAAACCGAUUUACAGAACUGCUCGUUAUUUGUCCCAGACGAGAAGCGCAAUCUUACACACUGUGCUACUCAACUUUAUGACAGCCUUAGUUAACGUUCGCGACUUUGCUCAGUAGGGAAAGCAACGUGCACUGACGGCACGUAACAGUCAGGUAUUCAUUUUUAAAUCUGACAGCGCGUAACGGCUCACUUUAAAACUACCUCGAUUAUGUCUGGGUCAAAAUGCACUCGGCUGAGCGGAGCGUUGGUGAAACAGCUACUGGACUCGGUGGACAGCGUCCUGUUUGACUGCGACGGGGUCCUCUGGCGGGGGGACCAGGCCGUCCCCGGCGCUGCUCAAGUUAUAAACCUGCUCAAGGAAAACGGGAAGAAGGUCUUCUUCGUCACCAACAACAGCAGUAAGACGAGGAAGAUGUACGUCGAGAAAAUGUCAACGCUGGGGUUCAGCGCGAACGAAGACGAAGUGUUCGGGACCGCGUACUGCUGCGCCAUGUACCUGAAGACGGUGUGCAAGCUGGAGGGCAAAGUGUACCUGAUAGGGAGCAACGCGAUGAAGCAGGAGCUGGAGGCGAUGGGGAUCCAGCAGACCGGAAUGGGACCCGACCACAUUUGCGGAAAACAGACCGACUGGGCCAACGUACCUCUGGAUCCCGAGGUGAAGGCGGUGGUGGUCGGUUUCGACGAACAUUUCAGCUACAUGAAGCUGAACAGAGCCAUGCAGUACCUGACCCAGCAGGGCUGUCUGUUUGUGGGAACCAACAGGGACACCAGGCUGCCUCUGGAGGGGGGCAAGGCCGUACCAGGUACAGGCUGCUUGCUGCAGGCCGUCGAGACAGCAGCUCAAAGCCAGGCCCAGACCGUGGGCAAACCCAACAACUUCAUGUUCGACUGUGUGGCCUCCCAGUUUGGCCUGGACCCUGACCGCUGCCUGAUGGUGGGCGACCGUCUCGACACAGACAUUAUGCUGGGCUCCAACUGUGGCCUGAAGACCCUCCUCACGCUCACGGGGGUCAGCACCGUGGCGGACGCUGAGGCUCAUCAGAAGAGCGGCUGUGCAGAGAGGCAGAGGAUGGUGCCGGAUUAUUACGUGGAGAGCAUCGCAGACAUUCUUCCUGCUCUGCAGGGGUGAAACUACAGUGUAGCUACAUAGAAGCCAAUGAGCUUUAAAGCCUGUCACGAAUCAGGCUCCGCUGACUUUUGAAAGGGAAUAUUUUUCAUUAAUGUUAAUAUGAUAAAAACCAUCUCUAUUACAAAGCUACAAUCAAGCAGGUAGUUGUUGUGCAACAGAGGAAACAAAGACUCCUAUUUAACUAAACCAUUAUUAAUAGCUGUUAAUUUGACUUGAUGCUGAUGUUUUAUUAUAAUAACACAACGCCAAUUAUUUCCAGUAUUGUUUCAUUGUAAUUGUUAAAGAGAGGAGCAGAGCAUAUGCUCCUUUUUUAGGAAGGUGAGUGUACUUUAAAGAUCCUUACCCUGUCUGUGAUGCAAUCUCUUAAGCGCCUCCAAUUCAAACUCAAGGAGGGAAAUGAGCACACAAAAUUUGUCAACCGUUUGAUAAUAUGCGUGUCCAGGUUUAUAGUUCUGUUCCAAAGUGUAUAAACAACAGCCACAGUAUGGGGCUAAAUGGCACUGAACUGGUCUAACUUGAGUUUUCUUUUUUUUACCUCAGCAGAAAGUGCUAACUCUUGCAGUUACAUUCAUGGGGUGGUGCAAUGAUAUCCUGUUUUGUCAUGUCGUUAGUGAAACAGAUUAAAAGACUGGCGUAUGUGUUUUAAAAGUGAUUUAAUCUUCCUGUUAUCAUCUGUUGUUCUUGUGACUUGUUCUCAGCUCACAGAACACCUGAAAACAAUUCUCAUAUUCCCAAUAAAACACAAACUAUCUCCACUAAA